AUGCGGCUGGCGCGGACCCUUCACCAUGUGGCAUCAGCAACAACUGGUGGUGGGCAGAUGUUAGAGGGGCUGGUGAAUGAUGGACCAGAGGUUGCUCACAAGCAACACGCAAGCUUCACGCCCUUCUCUAUUCAGCCGUGGCAGGCACGUUGCGUGGGAGCUUCGCGCAGGAAGUUGCUGCCGCAGAUGUUAAUGUACCAUGGAGCGCGCCUGGGCCCCCGUCCCCUUAUAAUUCUUGAUCAUUCCACUAAAGGGGAAGCGGGGGUUGCGGAGGCGGCAAGAAAGUACGAAUCAAUCCUUUCCCAACUUUCAUGGGACUAUGGCGCAGUGUAUAUCCCACUACAUGCCCAGUGUACAGAUUCGUCGAAGGACUUGUUGGAGCAGUCCUGCCAGCGCAUAUGUGCCGUAAUGGACGCGCUCGACGUGCGGUGGACGCAUUUCUUGACAUACUCUUAUGGUGCCCUCGUCGCGGUGCGAAUGGCGUCAUCUCAGGAGUUUCCCCACCGCGUUGGGACGCUAAUGUCUCUAGAUACCCCAUUAGUAACUCGUGAGCUUCUACGUAACAUGGAGCAGCGGGAGGACAUUGCCAAGGCAGAGAGGGACAUCAAUGUUCCGGAAGAUGGUUUGGCCUUUGCAAAACAAGCUCUUCUUUCUUCCCUUGAAGGGCCGCUGCCCUGUCCGGCUGCUGAGGAUGAGUCCCUGUACCGUGACUACCUCUUCGACCCUAACAGAAUUUUCGGCGCAGGGGGUUUGGUGCGUGACGAAAGCCGGUACGUGCCACUGAAGUCUCUUUUGGGUGUUCGGCAUCCCGUGCAGUUGAUUGUUCCCUCUGCUAACCCGCUGUCGGACGCGGCAGCUCACAGUGAAGUUUUCGGCCACAGGCGCCCUGCUGUGGUGAAGUGCUGCCAGCGACACGAGGACCUUUUCAAGGAGAGUGCGGCAAAGGAGGUUGCGGGAGUGCUAGGUGCGUGGAUGCGACGCUUUGAGCCAGAUUGCUUUAUCUCAAAACGGUAUGAGCAGGCGGCGAAUGAGAUGGGUCAACUUAUGUUGAGCACCGCCCAGGUUAGCUCCGAGUCUGCGGGUAAGGGUGGAGGGGAACCGCGGAAGAAGAAGGAGAAAAAGAAAUCAAAGGCGUGA